GAUUAUUAGGAGAUCGGGGAAUAAUAAAUUCAACUGUUAAAAAGUUUAGUAAAUAGUACUCUCCCUCUCUCUUCUUAACAAUUUAAAUAUAAAUUUAAAUAGAAUCAUUUUAUAAAUAAUAAUGAAAGUAUCUUGUGACCAGUAAUUUUCAAUUACAGAGAUACUUUAUAUAAAUAUAAAAAAAAAAAUUUAAAUAUAUAUUUUUUCUUAGGAAUUGAUAUAUUUGAUCAUUUCCUCUCAUUAUUAACAUUCAAAAACACAAUUUAUAUCUUACAUAAGAAAAACCUUUUACUUAAUAAUCCAUUCCUAAUUACGUAAUUCAUCUCACAAUAAAUUCCAGAAAAUUCUAUUAAAGAAUAUGAGUUUGAUCAUAUUAGACGAUAUGAUUGUUGACGACUCAAACUGUGACUCUCAAGAAAAUAAAAGAGUAAAAAUAACGACGGCAUGUGAUACUUGUCGUAGGCGAAAGGUCAAAUGUGAUGGUGAAUCACCUUGCGCAAAUUGCCAACGUGGAAAUUAUCAAUGCACAUUCAGUGAUGCAUCUGCGAAACGACCUAGGGGUCCUCCUAAAGGAUUCGUUGCUUUAAUUGAAGAUAGACUACAUACAAUUGAAUCUCUUUUGGUUAACCUCGUAAAUAAAGAUACCAUUCCUGAUAUUUCCAAUCUUUCAAAAGACAUAAAACGUGAAUUUCUGAUAUGUCACAAAAUUAUCCUGGUUACUCUGAUGAAUUAACUAAUGAUGAUGAUGAAAUUCUUUUAAAUAAUUUGAUUCAUCCAAAUGCAUCAAAUACUUUACAAAGUAAUACAUUAUCUUACCUAAUGCUUGAUAAUCAAAAUUCGGAUAACGCAUUAUCCGAUUAUGUCGACCCUCCAUUGCCAAAUUUACCUGUUAAUUUAAAGCCAAUUCCUGAAGAUAUAUCAUCAUCAUUAUUCGAAAGAUAUUUUAAAUAUGUACAUCCAUAUCUUCCUAUUAUUAAUCAUGGAAAUUUCUAUCGCUUGUUGAAAAAUGUGAAUGAUGAAAAUCAACCUUC